AUGCCGGCCAUGAAGAACAUCAAAAGAGGGUGUGUUUCUUUGAAAAAACUUUCAAUCCCAGCCCCUUUCUACUUGAUGUUCUUGCUCCAAAACCUGAACAUCUCAGCCGCAUACACUCCUCCUGAUAACAUAGCACUCGACUGUGGUUCGGUCGCCAACAACAAUGAUUCCACUCCGCGGUUGUGGCUUGCAGAUGCUAAAUAUUUAGAUCAGCCCAAAAAUAUUGAAACAGUUGUUUCAAAUGUUUUAGGUACAUAUAUAGACCCCAUACCUUAUAAAACUGCACGGCUCUCUCACUCUCAUUUUAGCUACACGUUUAACGUGACACCAGGACAAAAAUUCGUUCGCCUUCACUUUUAUCCCACUUCAUACCAAGAAUUUAACCGUUCAACUGCUCUUUUCGAUGUCCAUAUCGGCCGUUAUACCCUCCUAAGCAACUUUAGCGCGGCCCUCACAGCUGAUAAUCUUAAAUUAAAAGCCUUUUCUAAAGAAUUUUGCAUAAAUGUUGAAGAUAAUCAAAAGCUGAAGAUAUCGUUCACUUCGAAUCGCAGUAUGCCUGAUUUAUAUGCUUUCAUCAACGGAAUUGAAAUUGUGUCCAUGCCCGAUAAUCUUUAUUAUUCUGCAGACAAUGACACGGGGUUUUUGUUUGUUAACGAGUUGACUUUCACCCGCAUCGAAAAGAACAUGGCUCUUGAGAUGGUAUACCGAACAAAUGUGGGCGGUAAAUUCCUUCCAUCUCCAGAAGAUACAGGUAUGCAUAGGAGUUGGUCUACGGACGUCGAUUACUUGACUGAUGAUGGACCUAGUGCUGUUCCUAUUAAUACUAGCAUAAAGCUCAAUUUCAGCAAGAUACGCAAUUACACAGCACCAGUCCCAAUUUAUGUAACUGGCAGGUUGAUGGGGACUGACAAGACUAUGAAUGGGAACUAUAGACUCACUUGGCAAUUUCAAGUUGAUGGAUUCAUUUACCUAGUCAGGCUACACUUUUGUGAGUUCCAGACAGAAAUAACAGCCGCGGGAGACAGAAUAUUUCAGAUCUACAUACACGAUCUGGUGGCUGAAAAUGAAGCAGAUGUUGUUAGUUGGGCUGGAGGAUCAAGGAUUCCUGUGUAUCGCGAUUAUGCUGUUAUGAUUGCCAGUGGCGGCAAAGCAGGAAACCAAAAGAAAACAAAUCUAUCGAUUGCGCUACAUCCUGGCCCAGUUCUGGAGACUUUGUAUUCUGAUGCUAUAUUGAAUGGGCUAGAAAUCUUCAAAUUGAGCAAUGAUGGAAAUCUCGCAGGACCUAAUCCUGACCCAGAUCUGAACCUGCAGAUGAGUCCGCCAAGCGGUGCAUCACCGAGUCGAUUAGUGAAGCCCAAGAACGACAAGGCAGCAAAAAUUACCGCUGUCGGUGGAGUAGCUGGGCUUUUUACAAUUUCUCUUUUAUGUUUCAUGAUUUCACAGUUUGGCUCUGUUCACUGCAAUUCAUGGUGUGCACUGUCUUUUUGUUCCAAGACCGAGCCUAACUCUUCGUAUGGCCCUGUUCUACCAUCUAAUAUUUGUCGUCACUUCUCACUAGGAGAGAUCAAAACAGCUACCAAUAACUUUGAAAAUACUUCCGUUAUUGGUGCAGGAGGGUUCGGUAAUGUAUACAAAGCGUUCAUUGAUGGUGGGUCAAAAGCAGUCGCAAUCAAACGGCAGAAUCCAGGGUCCCAACAGGGUGCACAUGAGUUCAGGACUGAAAUUGAGAUGCUGUCCCAGCUCCGACACCAUAAUCUAGUUUCUCUAAUUGGUUAUUGCGAUGACAAUAACGAGAUGAUCCUUGUGUAUGACUACAUGGUUCAUGGGGCCCUGCGAGACCACCUCUACAAGACCAGUAACCUUCAGUUAGAUUGGAAACAGAGGCUCAGGAUAUGCAUUGGGGCUGCACAUGGGCUCCAUUAUCUCCACAGGGGUCCCAACCACACUAUCAUUCACCGAGAUGUGAAGACUACAAAUAUACUGCUGGGUGAGAAAUGGGUAGCCAAAGUAUCUGAUUUUGGGUUGUCUAAGAUGAAUAACCUGUCCAAGACCCAUAUCAGCACUGUCGUCAAAGGGAGUUUUGGCUAUUUAGACCCUGAAUACUAUCGACUGCUGCGGCUAACUGAGAAAUCUGAUGUGUACUCUUUUGGUGUGGUGUUGUGUGAAGUAUUAUGCGCUAGAGCACCAAUAAAUCCAACGUUGGAUCGUAUGCAAAUAAGUUUAGUAGAGUGGGCACAACAUUGCUAUAACAAUGGAACCCUUGAUCAGAUAAUUGAUCCUCAUUUACAAGGUAAGAUCAACCCUGCAAGUCUGGAAAAAUUUGCCGAAGUAGCUAUAAAUUGCUUGGCUUCCGAGGGGAUUAAACGGCCGGCAAUGAGUGAAGUGGUGUGCGGACUUGAGCUUGCAUUGGAGCUGCAGGAGCGUGAGAUGAAUGCAAAUGCUGAGAAUCAUUUAAAUGAUUCAACAGUCAUUGAUUAUCAUGUCUUGUUUACUAGUGGUAGCGGAUCAAUGAAUACUGGUCGCUAG